GGUUUACGCGCCAAAACAAGAUUGUUUCUCUCAGCAGCGCAAAACUGUACGGCGGAAUUCUCUCUUUUGUCUAUUCAUCUUUUUCUUUUAGAAAAUACAGAAAUUUCAAUCCUUUCUUUCAGGCAGCAAAUAAAACUCAAAAAUGAGGGGACCACGUACCAGAUCUCGUUCUUCAAAUGCUGGUUCCAGUUCUCCUAUACGAGAGCAGAAUUCUAAUAUGGAUAGUGAUCCUUUGUCUCCACCAUCAGAAGACAUGGCUGAUUUUCCAUUGUCAUCACCAGUAGAUCCAAAUAGCAGAGCUGUUUUCAGUGAUUUGGAAAUGAGUUCACCGCUAUGCUAUGGCACACCUAGUUCACAUGGUACAGCUGGUAGUCGCUCUGUUGGCCGAGGCACACCAGUUAGGCAACGACAUGAUAUUCGUAAUGAGAGACGGAUGCGACAAGUUAAUGUUGGCCCUGAAAAUAGUGAUCCUGCUAUGUCUGAUCCAGCUGCACCACAUAGUGAUAAUAAUGCUGGUGGUCCUCAGUUAGUUAUCUGGGGUACUGAUGUUGAGGUCACUAAGUGUCAAAGUAAAUUCAGACGUUUCAUUGAAGAAUACACUGAUGAAAACAUUGAAAUGGACGAGCUAAUUGAAAAUGUUGACUUUCAACGUCCAUUUUACAUGCAAAAGUUGGAGGAGAUUUUUACUAUUGAAGAGCCAUUCUUGAAUGUCAAUUGUGCUCACCUCAACAGCUUUGAUCCUGAACUCUACCGUCAGUUAGUAACAUAUCCUCAAGAAGUUAUCCCAUACUUUGAUAUGGCAGUGAAUGAAAUAUAUUUUGAACGCUAUCCUGACAGUCAGCUACCUCAUCAGAUCCAAGUCCGUCCUUUCAAUGCUGAGAAAACUAAAAAUUUGCGACUUUUGAGUCCAGAAGAUAUUGAUAGACUCAUUACAAUCAGUGGCAUGGUGAUUCGAACAUCCAAUCUAAUUCCUGAAAUGCGUGAAGCAUUCUUCACUUGUAGUGUUUGCCAAGAAACUGUAACUGUUGAAUUAGAUCGUGGUCGUAUAGCUGAACCACAUGUAUGCCAAUCGUGCAACACCAAUUAUACCUUUAGUCUCAGCCACAAUCGAUCUCAGUUCACGGAUAAACAAAUGAUCAAGAUUCAAGAAUCUCCAGAUGACAUGCCACCUGGUCAGACACCCCACACUGUUAUAUUGUAUGCUCAUAAUGAUCUUGUUGACUCUGUUCAACCAGGUGACAGAAUUACUGUGACUGGUAUCUACAGGGCAGCUGCUUCACGUCUUAAUCCCAAACAAAGAAACUUAAAAUCUGUUUAUCGAACACACGUGGAUGUCAUUCACUUUCGUAAAGUAGAUACUAAGCGAUUAUAUGAAGAUAUCGGUGAUGAUGGUGUUGAUCUUCGUUUUACCCCUGAACGUAUUGAAAAGCUUAAAGAAUUAUCUCGAUUACCUGAUAUAUAUGAAAGACUUGCUAGAGCUCUAGCUCCAAGUAUUUAUGAAAAUGAAGAUAUCAAGAAAGGUAUUUUGCUUCAGCUUUUUGGAGGCACUAAAAAGGAUUUUACCAACAAAAGUAAAGGAAAGUUUAGAGCUGAAAUAAAUAUACUUCUGUGUGGUGAUCCUGGUACAAGUAAAUCGCAGUUAUUGCAAUAUGUGUAUAAUCUUGUACCCAGAGGCCAGUAUACUUCAGGUAAAGGCUCUAGUGCUGUUGGUCUGACUGCAUAUGUCACUCGUGAUCCUGAAACAAGACAACUAUGUUUGCAAACUGGAGCAUUGGUGUUAGCUGACAAUGGAAUUUGCUGCAUUGACGAAUUUGACAAAAUGAGUGAUAGUACUCGUUCUAUUCUUCAUGAAGUGAUGGAACAACAAACAUUGUCUAUUGCCAAAGCUGGUAUUAUUUGCCAACUCAAUGCUCGUACUUCAAUAUUAGCUGCAGCAAAUCCUGUAGAAUCACAGUGGAACAAAAAUAAAACCAUCAUUGAGAACAUCCAGCUACCUCACACUCUUUUGUCUAGAUUUGACUUAAUAUUUUUAAUUCUGGAUCCACAAGAUGAAGUAUUUGAUAGAAGGCUUGCAAGGCAUCUAACUUCACUUUAUUAUAAAAGUCCUGAUGAAGAGCAAGAAGAGUUGAUGGACUUGAGUCUAUUGAAAGAUUACAUAGCUUAUGCUCGCACAAACAUUCAUCCUAAAUUAAAUGAAGAAGCAUCUCAAGCUCUUAUUCAUGCUUAUGUUGAAAUGCGUAAAAUUGGAACUGGUCGAGGACAAGUUUCUGCCUAUCCAAGACAGCUUGAAUCACUUAUUCGUCUUUCCGAAGCUCAUGCUAAAAUCCGUUUUUCAAAUGUGGUUGAACUGAUGGAUGUUGAGGAAGCUAAAAGACUGCAUAGAGAAGCUCUGAAGCAAUCUGCAACAGAUCCUUCAUCUGGAAAAAUUGAUAUUUCUAUUUUAACAACUGGAAUGAGCAAUACUGCUCGCCGACGCCGUAUUGAAGUUGGUCAGGUCUUGAAGAAAAUGCUGCAAUCUAAAGCAAAAACAACAAAAACUUUCAAUUAUUUUCAAGUGUAUGAUGAAUUGAAGACCCAGUCUGAACUUAUGAUUACAAAAGACAUGUUUGAAGAAGUUCUGAAAGACCUUCAAGAUGAUGAAUUUCUUGUAGUUACAGGGAAGAGCAAAAUUCGGCUGUGCUAAAAAGAAGAAGAAGAAAAAAAAAAGAACUUAUUAGCAUUUUAUUUCCUUUUUAUAUGUGUAUAUUUUCAUGCUUUAUAUUUACACUGCAGUUGUAGAAUCAAAGAUUUUUUUUUGUAAUUUUUUUUUAUUUGUAUAUAAAGUUUCCUAUGCAACAUUUAUACUAAGUGCCUUACUCACCUUAUCAGAAAAUUUUUUAAGAAAUAACUUUUUAUCUGUGAAUUAGUGGUACAAACUUUUAAAUAUUUGCAUUAAAUGUCUUUCUUGUCUUGUUUUGUUUAGAUUGGAAAUGAAGUUGUUUUAUACCAUAAAUAUUUUUAAUAAUUAUUAAUUACCAUUGUUCACUGUGUGAAUUGGGAGCAAAAUACUGUUAUAGUUUUCUCCCAGUUUGGGCCAUUUAAUUUUUGCGGAAAUUAUUAUUAAAGAUCCUCAAUGAUAAAUAUAUUUUCUGUACUGUAAUAUUUUCCUUGACCUCAAAUAUUACUUAAUAAA